ACAAACGAAUGUUCGCUAUUUAAAUGUAGUUGAAUUAUAUGCAUUGCAAUGCUUUAACUCACACUUUGGGCGAUACAUGCCUUUGUUAAAGGCAUACAACUUGAUCAUGUUAAAAAUUAAAUAAGGAUAACGCAUAACUCACCAGUAUCUCAAUUAAAAAACCUGUAUAUUAUAAUAUAAACGACCUUGUUAAAUUUAGUGUUUACCUUAAUCGCGUGCGAUUUGAAAACAUCGAUAACUUCUUGCUAGGAUUGAUAAUUAAACGACUACCUUCACUAGACAAGGAAGUAAAAUACAAGGGUUUUACCACAGUAACAUUUAGUAUAUGGAAAUCGAAACAAGCAUUAUGCGCGUUAAACGCUUAUCAAAACACUUCUGCAAACGACCCAAGAAAGCAUUUGGAUUACGUGAAUGGUAUGUACGCGCCGUCGGAUUCACAUAUAAGUCAUUCAGCAGAAGAUGGCGAUGUUAAUAGAGGGUGUCCGAGUGGUCAGAGGUCCAGACUGGAGCAAGGGAGACGAGGAUGGAGGUGAAGGUCACGUGGGUACAGUCACAGACGACAAUGAGGACAAUACGGUAGAAGUCCAAUGGGACAUGGGCAACAGUGGCACGUAUAACACGGGCAAAGGCGGGAAACAUGACCUGCGUGUACUCGAUAGCUCUCCCGUCGGUCAGAAGCAUUCCGGAAAGAAGUGUAAUGGGUGUGAUGCCAAUGACUUCUGUGGCACCCUGUGGGCAUGCAUAGGAUGCUCCGGGGUGUGUCUCUGCAACAGCUGUUACUGUAAAGACAAGCACGACAUCACUCACCCCUUCAAACGUGUGGACAUUCCCAGCUUGAGCGGCACUGAGGUGAAGAAGCGUUCAAUUAGCAACAAACUGCGAGCAUUGGGUAUCUUCAGUGGAGCAAAGGUGAAGCGUGGAGUGGACUGGAACAGUGGCGACCAGGACGGUGGCGAUGGCAAGAUAGGAACUGUGACCGAAGUGUUUAACUUUGCAAGCACCGCUGAAAAGGAUGGUGUGAAAGUUACCUGGCCAAACAAGCAGAACAACUCCUAUCGCCUGGGCUUUCGAGGCAAAGUAGAUGUUCAGUGUGUGGAGGAGAUGCCGGGAAUGGACUACUACAGGGACCAUCUGUUUGUUCUGAGUACCAUCGAUCUUCAGCCACCUCCAAUUCCUGCUCGAUAUAAAACAGCAGAUACAGCAAAAUCUGGAAGUUCUUCCUCGAGUGGUGGAGCCAAACCAAGCUCAACCGGGGAUUCCCGCCCUCCACCGCCUGAAAAGAAAUCUAAACUGCAGGUAGGCGACAAAGUGUGUGUCGCCAUACCUGAGUCAACAUUGAAGGAGCUACAAAGGGGACAUGGAGGUUGGAGCUUACGCAUGGCGGAUUGCAUCGGGCGACAAGGAACUGUGCAGAAAUUCGAGGAUAACGGAGACUGUGUAAUUAAAUAUGAUGACCGAGAGUACAGAUUCAACUGCGGAGCACUUCGCAAAGUUCCAAAUCUUAGUAUUGGUGACACGGUGUGCGUCAUUGACAACGCGGAGAGAGUUCAAGCUCUCCAGAAGAAGCAUGGCGGAUGGAAUCCUGAUAUGUCCGAGGUACUCGGAAAAGUGGGGAAGGUAGUUAAAAUAGACUCCGAUGGAGAUGUGGCCGUUGCGUUUGGCAACAAAGCAUGGGUCUUUAAUCCGGCCUGUUGUGAUCCAGCCCCGGGUCAGAAGGUUUACGAGAUUGCCGGAACAGAACCUAGUGGAAGGAGUGAAACAUCAGGUGGCGGCAGAGGGCAGGCAAGUGGUGGACCCAGUGGGGGCAAAGCGGGCGUCGCCGACGAUGACGAGGUGGACAAAGCCGCCGAGGCGUUCGCUCACUUGUUCGCACAACUAUUCCUGCAACCUGCUCAGACUGCGAUCGGCCCGCAUACCCUUGUCCAAGCCGCAGCAAACAAUGACGCAAAGUCCGUGCUGGCCAUUUUGCAGAAAAAGCCAGAUUUGGUGGAUGCCCGUUUCAAAGGCCUGACUGCUUUGAUAAUUUCGAGCCACGAAGGCCACAAGCAAGUGGUGCAGAUCUUGUUGGCGGCCAAACCUGACCUAAAUCUUCGAGAAGAAAAGGGCAACACCGCUCUUAUGGCCGCUCUGAUGAAGAAACGCGAGGAAGUAGGACUGUUGCUAAUUAAAGCCGGAGCAGACAUUAAUCUCUGGAACCAAAUGGGACGCACAGCUAUACACUUUGCCGCAGCGAACGAAGCAAACACGGUGCUGCGAGAAUUGUUGAGUAGAAAGGCAAACCAUAAUAGACAGGACCUAGCUGGCGAUACACCGUUACACGACGCCAUAUUAAACAAAAACAACUCUGGUGCAUCAUUUCUUGUCGGCGACCAAACCGUAAAUUUGACACUGGCCAACAAAAAAGGACACACUCCUUUGACUCUGGCUGCCAUGAAAGACGACGAAAUGACGGUGGAACGCAUACUGGCCCGCUCGCCUGAACUGAAAGACGUCAGUAAACCCGAUGAUGGAAACACUGCUCUUCAUGUAGCCGCUGUCAACGACAAUACGAGCGUUAUAAAGAUUCUUAUCAAAAAAAAGGCUAAUGUAAACGCCGCAACCAACCAAAGGUACACGCCCCUUCAUUUGGCAUGCCAUCAAGGACAUACUGAUUCAGUUCAAUUGCUUAUAGAUGCUGGUGCCAGUAUAAAUGCAGUAGACGAAGAUGGCGACACACCUCUACACAAUUGCAUUAUGGGCAGGAGGUCGGUUGGAGAACAAGAAAGGCUUGCACAACUGCUACUGGGGAUGCGCCUUAACAACCAGGCGGAGAUGAAGGAGCGCACAGAUCUGGCGUGCUACUUGAUACAAAACGGAGCCAGCGUUCAGGUGACCAACAAGAAGGGACGAACACCUCUACAGUGCUGCUCUGACGAUCAUAUGAGAAGCGCUAUUAAGAGUUUUGCCGAUAGGCACGGUGGUGGUCGCGCGGGAGCAUCCGGUGGUGCUGGUGGAGGAAAAACAGCUACUGACGCACUUUUGGAGCUGCUCAUGGCUGCCAUGCCGUCGCCAUGCCCCGGAUGCAGGCAGAGACAGGUAGACACAACGUUCCUACCAUGUAGGCACCGCGUGGUUUGCCGCAACUGCGCCUUUCGGGUGCGAGACUGCCCUAAAUGCAGCAUUCCUAUUUUGGAGCGUUUAGAUCCAGAAUGUGCAAGAAUGGAUGAAUCUUCCUCCACUGCAAUAAAUGUCGAGGGAUUCCGCGUGGUCAGAGGUCCAGACUGGAGUAAAGGGGACGAGGACGGGGGCGAAGGUCACGUGGGUACUGUCGAAGUCGAAAACUACAAUGGCACUGUGACUGUACAAUGGGACAUGGGAAACACGGGCACGUAUUUUACGGGCGCCGACAGGAAAUACGAACUAAUAGUUCUAGACAGUGCUCCAGCUGGAAUAGAACACGUGAGCAGGUCCUGCGAUGCGUGCGAGGCACCGGUUAUAUAUGGAACGCUCUGGCUGUGCCGGGAAUGUAACAGUUGUUACAUGUGCAACAGCUGUUACAGCUUUGAUCAUCACGAUAUCACACAUCCUUUUACACGAGUAGAUAGACCUACAUGUAACGGGGUCGCAGUUGACAAGAGGUCAACAAGCACUAAGAUACGAUCAAUGGGCAUAUUUGUGGGAGCAGUGGUUAGGAAAAGAGAAGAUGUAAGAUUAGCUGCGGAAUUGGGGACGGUGACGGAAGUUAUCUCCGUGGAGGAUGGUGAUAAAAGCGACGCUGUGAACGUCACGUGGCAGGAUGGCAGUACAAGCACAUGCAUGGUGGGGUUCCAAGGCAAGGUCGACUUGGUGUGCGUGGAAGAGAUGCCUGGACUGGAGUAUUAUAAGGAUCAUUUGGCUGUAUUAGACACUACUUCGUCGUCCGAAACAUCAUUAAACGCUGGCUCUCAGGCAGAGGACGUGAAACCCAAAUCUAAGCCGAUUUCUCAUAAACCUAAACCAAAACUUGGAGACACGGUUUGUGUGGCUGUUCCAGAAACGACAAUAAAGGAACUGCAGUGGGGUCAUGGGGGCUGGAACAAAGAAAUGAACCGUUACAUUGGAAAGUAUGGAAAGCUGACUCAUAUAGAGAAAAAUGGCGACUAUGUAAUCGACUACAAUGGCACGAAGUUCCGGUUUAACCCGGACGCUAUCAAAAAGGUUCCAAGUCUAAAAUUUGGAGACAAAGUGAAGAUUAUUGACGAUGCACAAAAAGCACAGGUGCUUCAGCAAGCACACGGCGGAUGGACCACUGAAUACGGGGAGACCCUUGGCAAAAUUGGUCAAGUUGUCAUAAUAGAUACAGAUGGCGAUGUGGCGGUCGAAUUCGGCGAUACUGCCUUUGUAUUCAACGCCGCGUGCUGUGAACCGGUAACAGAACCAAUGAUUGAUCGAAUUGAUGUUAAUAAUAGCAUUACAAGUCAGCUAGAACGAAACAACUCUGAUAGAAACCAGAGAAUGGAGAAUGAGAUAAAUACGGGUCGUAAUACACGGGGAGGAGAACUUGCAAGAGCUGAUCCUCUGGCGGCUUCGUUAGAAGAAAGCCUACGCGGUAUGCACGAGAUACUACAGAGCUUGGCCAGUUUGUCUCAAGAGUUAAUGCAUGAUAUGUUAAACCCAUCGGCAGCACACAUGGGCAUAAUGCUAUUGAUGCAUGCAGCGGCCGCAAACGAUAUUGCCAUGUUAACCCAUAUUCUUCAAAAUCAUCCAGAACUGGUGAAUGCCAAACAUCAGGGUCUGACCGCACUUACAAUUGCGAGUCAUGAGGGGCACACACGUGUAGCAGAGUUGCUUCUUGCAGCCGGUGCUGAUGUUAACCUCGCCGACGAUAAAGGUCACACGGCGUUAAUGACUGCUUCUUCGAGAAGUAGGGAAGAAAUAGCCAUGCUUCUGAUUCGAUCCGGUGCUGACAUAAGUAUGCGGAAUAAAGCCGGAAGAAGCACUCUUCAUUUCUGUGCUAGUGGGCAAGCAAAUAACGUGUUGGAAGUUCUGCUGCAGCAAACGGCGGACCUUAACGUGCAGGAUGGUAUUCGAGGUGACACACCACUACAUAUUGCAAUAUCAGCAGAAAAUACAGACGGAGCUUUAAUGCUUCUAGCAGAACAAACAAUUCAGUUAGACAUUCCUAACAAGACAGGCCAUACCGCUUUAACGCUAGCAGUAAUGAAGGGGAAUGAACGAAUCGUUAAAGCCAUUAUUGACAAAUCCCCUGACCUGACGAUAUCACACACCACUGUCGGUGGAUUUAAUGUUUUGCACAUUGCUGCAGUCAACGAUCAUUCAGGGGUUAUACAGAUACUACUACAGGCAAAUGCUGAUGUUAACAAGCUUAGUGAACAGGAUCUUAUUCCAUUACAUCUAUCAUGCACGGAAGGCUACUUUAAAAGCUCAAAAGUACUUUUAGAAGCAGGGUCUCAAGUAAAUGCACAGGACAAAGAAGGAAAUACGCCAAUGCAUCUGUGUGUGUCGCAAAUGAGAAAAACAGGAUCCCCGAUGUCUAUGAUGCAUAUGCUGCUUAGACGUGGAGAUAAACUAACAAAGGAGAUAAAAGAACGCAUCGAGUUGGGAUGUCUUCUUAUAAACCAUGGCGCGAGCAUCCAAGUCACAAAUAAAGACGGCCUCAAGCCUUUACAAGUGUGCAGACACGAUCAUAUGAAGAAUGUCCUGCUUACUUGUUCAGAAAUGCAAUCUGUCAAUAUUCAACGAUUUAGUCCGAAUAUUGGAAUUCCGCUACGAAGACAAGAAACAAACCUUUUUGUUAGAGUAUCCACACGGAUAUCGACGCGUUGUGCUAACUGUAAGGAGAGAAUAGUUGACUUAAUACUCCACCCAUGUAAUCACCUUGCUGUUUGUGGCGCAUGCGCUUGCACUUUAUCCAUAUGUCCUGUGUGCGGUGAUAAAAUCGAGGGUUGCUUUGAUCGAGAUGGGAACAAUGUGACCGGGCUAAAUACCAGUUCGGAAAAGAAUGCAUGCAGCAUUUGCUGAUACACACUGAAACAAAUGUGGCAUAAAUUCCCCCGCCGCAUAAUGCAGUUAAUGACACAUGUAUCACGAUUGGCUUUCAGUGUUGAUCAAUGGCGUUUGGCGUCAAUGCGAGGAUAUCUUUAAAUGACAGGACAUCAUAUAUAACUGCCCACAAAAUCAGCUCAAGUUUACGAUUUCAAACUGUUUCAGAAUUACUAGCACUGCCAUUACUAUUGCAAUUAGAGAAUUACUCAAACCUUGAGCAUCAAAUAUAUACUAGUAUUGUGAAAAUGAGCUUUGUUUCUAAGUUGAUAAAAAUAAGCGUUGUUUCUAAAUUGAUAAAAACUCUCUUACAAUGAUUUAAUAUUUGUCUUUGUAUAUUUUUGAAAUUUGUUGUUUUUGUUUUUAAAAUAUUUUUUAAGACGAUUAACAUAAUCGAAUUUGGAAUAUAUGUCUAAGGUACACUGUCAGUGCUAU